AUGCAAAACCUAUCUAAUGGGCAUUUUGAUGUUUAUUUACCAUAUGAAGAUGAAUUGACUAACUCUGUAUCUGAUGAGUUUGAUAACAUACCCAGCUCUCAGAAGCAUACUAAAAAACGACGGAAGAGAUUUACAAAUAAUAUCAGAAAAAAACAGCUUAUACAAUCUGCUACUAAAUAUCAGCUCAAAAAUAAAGAAGUUCAUAAAGUAGCAGCAGCCAAGUAUAAAAAAAAAAAUCCAGAAGUAAAUAGAGUGCAAGUUCAUAGAUAUGAACAAAAUAAUCCAGGAGGACGAUCAGAGAGGCGAAUCCUUCCAUGGAAAAUAAAAGCUUUUUCCGGCAUGAAAUAUGAAUCGGAAAUAGCUUAUGAGACGGAUGAAACUGUAUCUUUGGGUACUAUGAGUCAUAAAUGCGUAUACUGCGAUGCUCUUAAAUUCAAAGAAGAGGCGCCUGGAAUGUGUUGUAGUGCCGGUAAAGUACAACUUCCGUCUUUUUUACCUCUUCCUGAACCUCUUUACAGUUUGAUUAUGGGGUUCCAUCCUGAUCACAAAAAUUUCAUGGACCGUAUUAGAAAAUACAAUAACUGCUUCCAAAUGACAUCUUUUGGAGCGAAACAAAUUAUCGAAGAUGGAUUUAUGCCCACAUUCAAAGUGAAAGGUCAGGUGUAUCAUUUAAUUGGUAGUUUGCAAGCUUUACCUCAACAAAACCCUCAAUUUCUACAGAUUUAUUUCGUUGGAGAUGAUGAGAGAGAAACACGCUUAAGAUGUAGCCACUUCGCUGAUGUAAAGCAAAGCCUGGUAAAACAAUUACAAGCGAUGUUGCACCAUAAUAACCCAUACAUAAAGGACUUGAAAACCACACUCGAAAGAGUACCUCAAAAUAGUAAAAACUUUGAAAUUAUAAUACACGCUGAUAGAAAACCUGAUAAUGCUCACAGAGGACGUUAUAAUGCACCAACAACAAGUGAAGUAUCAUUGGUCAUAUUUGGACAACAGUUUGAAAAACGAGAUAUUGUGUUACAAAGUCAUGAUAACAAAUUGCAACGGAUUAGUGAAUUGCACCGUUCAUACGAUACACUUCAGUACCCGUUACUUUUCUGUCAUGGGGAGGAUGGUUAUUCCAUUAAUAUCUCUCAGAUUGAUCCAAAAACUAAAUUACCACUUCAGAAAACAGUUUCUGCAUCGCAAUUUUAUUCUUACCACAUCAUGAUUAGACAAACGGAAAUCAACCAUUUACUGUACUUUAGAUCACUUUUUAAUCAAUAUUUAGUUGAUAUGUACGCUAAAAUUGAAACAGAGCGCUUAAAUUUUAUUAAAAACAAUCAAAUGCAACUCAGAGCUGAUAAUUACAUACAUCUCAGAGAUGCUAUUGGGAGACAAGAUACCGAUCUUACCCAUCUUGGUCAGAUGGUAGUUCUUCCGUCGUCUUUUACUGGCUCACCACGGUAUAUGCAUGAAAAAACUCAGGACGCCAUGACAUACGUUCGUCAUUACGGUCGUCCUGAUUUAUUCAUAACUUUCACAUGUAAUCCUCGAUGGAGAGAAGUUUCAAAUGCAUUACUUUCUGAACAAAAGUCCUACGAUCGUCAUGAUAUUAUAGCUAGGAUAUUUCAUUUAAAAGUUAAGACGUUAAUGAAAUUGUUAACAAAAGGGAAUGUGUUUGGGGAAGUGCAAUGUUUUAUGUAUUCGGUCGAAUGGCAAAAACGUGGUUUACCACACAUACAUAUUUUGUUAUGGCUAAAACAGCGCAUUUCUCCAGAUAAAUUAGAUUGUAUCAUUAGUGCGGAAAUACCUGAUCCUGAAAAAGAUUCUCUCCUUUACGAUAUUAUCAAAGCCAAUAUGAUCCAUGGGCCUUGCGGUAAUUCAAACAAUAGAUCACCCUGUAUGGAGUCAGGUAGCUGUAGCAAGAAGUAUCCUAGAACUUUCAUUCAAGAAACACAGACAGGAGACGACGGGUAUCCAAAGUAUAGGCGAAGAGCUCCAGAAAAUGGUGGUUUUACUGUUGAAAUAAAUGGUAAUACACUUGAUAAUCGUUGGGUAGUACCGUAUAACCCAGUGCUUUCACGUACAUUUGGUGCUCAUAUUAAUGUAGAGUACUGUAACUCUGUAAAAUCUAUAAAAUACAUUUGUAAAUAUAUUACAAAAGGAAGUGAUCAAGCAGCAUUUGGUUUUGAAAAUGAUAAUGAUGAAGUCAAGCUUUAUGAAAGUGGUCGAUAUAUCAGCAGCUCUGAGGCUGUAUGGAGAAUUCUGGUUUUUCCUAUCCACGAGAGAUUUCCAACAGUCUUCCAUCUUUCCGUGCAUUUAGAAAAUGGCCAGCGUGUUUAUUUCAACCCUAAUGACUCCAGUCGUUUAACAGACAUGAUUUGUGAAAUAUUAUGCGAUUAG